AUGGAAACCAUCAUAAAGAUCAACAAUGCUGCGGACAUCUCUGUUAUUGUCAUCUAUUUUUUGGUAGUCCUGGCAGUGGGACUAUGGGCUAUGUACUCAACCAACCGAGGGACAGUAGGAGGAUUCUUCCUGGCUGGACGGAACAUGGUUUGGUGGCCGAUUGGUGCCUCUCUGUUUGCCAGUAACAUUGGCAGUGGACAUUUUGUGGGCAUAGCAGGAACAGCAGCAGCUGGAGGAAUUGCCAUCGGAGGAUAUGAAUGGAAUGCUCUGAUAUUUGUGGUUAUUCUAGGAUGGCUGUUUGUACCCAUCUACGUCAAAGCUGGGGUGGUGACAAUGCCAGAGUAUCUGAGGAAGCGUUUUGGUGGGAAACGGAUUCAGGUCUACCUAUCAGUCCUUUCACUGAUCGUGUAUAUUUUCACAAAGAUCUCAGCAGACAUAUUCUCUGGAGCUAUAUUUAUACAGCUGGCCAUAGGACUGAAUCUUUACUUGGCCAUUAUUAUCCUGCUUGCUAUUACUGCUCUUUAUACCAUCACAGGUGGCCUUGCAGCUGUGAUUUACACAGAUACCUUGCAAACGUUUAUCAUGGUUGUGGGAUCUUUUAUUCUUAUGGGAUUUGCAUUUAAAGAGGUAGGAGGGUAUGAUGCUUUUAUGCAGAAGUAUAUGGAGGCAAUUCCAUCCAAUACCUCCUAUGGAAACACUGUAAUUAGUAGCUCAUGCUACACACCUCGGGAGGAUGCCUUUCACAUCUUCCGAGAUCCUGUCAGUGGAGAUCUGCCAUGGCCAGGACUGAUCUUCGGUUUGAGCAUCAUUGCUCUGUGGUACUGGUGCACAGAUCAGGUUAUUGUCCAAAGAUGUCUCUCCGGCAAGAACAUGUCCCAUGUGAAGGCUGGAUGUAUCAUGUGUGGAUACCUGAAGCUCUUGCCCAUGUUUAUCAUAGUGAUGCCUGGAAUGAUCAGCCGAAUUUUGUAUACAGAUGUGGUGGCUUGUGUUGUUCCUGAUAUCUGCAAGGAGGCCUGUGGCACUGCAGUUGGCUGUACCAACAUUGCUUAUCCAAAAAUGGUAGUAGAACUUAUGCCAAAUGGUCUGCGAGGUCUGAUGUUGUCAGUCAUGUUGGCCUCCCUUAUGAGCUCCUUGACUUCCAUUUUUAACAGUUCUAGUACAUUGUUCACUAUGGACAUUUACACCAAAAUUCGAAAACGACCAUCAGAGAAAGAGCUUAUGUUGGCUGGAAGGGCAUUUAUGUUACUUUUAAUUGGCAUCAGCAUUGCCUGGGUUCCUGUGGUGCAGUCAGCUCAAAGUGGGCAGCUCUUUGAUUACAUUCAGUCAGUUACUAGCUACCUGGGACCUCCCAUUGCUGCCGUCUUCCUGCUUGGCAUCUUCUGCAAGCGGGUCAAUGAGCAGGGUGCCUUCUGGGGCCUGAUCUUUGGGCUGCUAGCUGGACUCAGCAGAAUGAUUACAGAGUUUGCCUACGGAACUGGCAGCUGUGUGACACCUUCCAACUGUCCAUUCAUUAUCUGUGGGAUUCAUUAUCUUUACUUUGCAAUAAUUCUUUUUGGAGUUUCUGUCAUCGUUAUCCUGGCAGUCUCCUUCAUGACUAAGCCCAUUCCUGAUGUACACCUUUACCGCUUGUGCUGGUCCUUGCGGAACAGCAAAGAGGAACGUAUUGAUCUUGAUGCAGAUGAUGAGGAGGACAUACCCGAUGAAAAAGAUGAGGAUGUGUUAUUCCUUCCAGUUUCAGAGGCAGGUGAAGAACCAGGAUGCUUAAAGAAAGCUUACAACUGGUUCUGUGGCUUAGACCAACAAAACGGACCCAAACUCAGCAAGGAGGAAGAGGAAGCAUUGAAGGAGAAACUGACUGACACAACAGAAGUGCCACUUUGGAGGAAUGUUGUGAAUAUCAAUGGCAUCAUCCUAUUGACUGUGGCUGUAUUUUGCCAUGCCUUUUUUGCAUAAACCUCUGAUUACAGUUCUGAAAUUGUACUGUAUUGUCAAGCAAAAACAAUGACUUGUAAAUUUACAGUUAGACACAUUUAGUAUUUUCAUGGUCUAAAUUUGUUAAAAUCAGGGUGAUUUACUCACUGAUUUUGUGAUCAUAAUUUCAACAAUCUAAAGAUCAAGACUACUGAGAUUUCAAGAGAGAGAAUUUCCAUUUAGAAAUUGAAUCAUUCCAAGUUCAGAAAUUUCCACCCAGUAUUCUCUCUUCUCGUGAUACAUUUCAUAUUUUAGGUGCAGAACAAGGUUGCUUGAACUGUAUUUCAUGAGCCAUAUAUCAGGGUUUGUGAGCUAUCUGAACUAUCUUUUAUCUUUGAUACUACUUUAAUUUUCAACCAUUUCUCUUCUGAUCAUGCAUUUUUUUUUCUUUUUCCCACAAUAAUUUGAUUACUAAGACAAACAAACAACUGAGGGACUGUAUGGAUUCAAGCUAAAAAAAUCACUUUUGUUCCCUCCAAGUACAGAAUAUCUUAAGUAAAGGAUUUAUGUAUAUACUGAUAUAUUUGACACUAUACGUAACUUUCCAUUAUUGCUUUUUUCCACUUUCACGUUCUAUGAUAUUUUUCAUUAUGCUGUGUUUCUCAGUAAUGAGUGGAACACUAACCAUCUGAACUGAUUGCCUUUUGAAAUUAGGCAAAACAUAAUUCAAUGAUCCUAAUAAGAAUUCUACUUAUGAUAGAUUCUUUGUUUAAUGUUAACUUCAAAAGGUCCCCCUCUUGUAUAUUUUAAUAUGUAACUAUACUUGAAUGUGAAGCUUUUUUUAUACAAAAUGCAUAUAUUAUAUAUACAUACAGCACAUUAUAUAUAUGCACAUAUAUAUUAUGUAUUAAAAUAUGUGUAUGUGUGUAUAUAUUUAUUUAUUUAUUACUGAUUGAUUCCUGUCUUGGUAUGUCAAAGUUGAUCUCUACCUACAGUUAUUAGGACCUCUUGAUCCUGGAGAUGGUGUUAAUGCAUUGCCUCUCUAUGAACUGUACUACAAAACAAUCCAUAAACAUCGUUAGAAGCUCAGAGCAUCAGAAUGCUGGUUUUGCAUUUUGCUUUCCAGUGCCUUUGAGAGCUUUGUACUAUUUCUCUGAAAAACUGUGAAUCUUUCUUCUGAAGACUUCAAUAAGAAAUAUAAUUCAUGCUGUAUGAAACUUCAGUAGGACGGUAUGAGCUAACAUAACAGUUCAUGAAGGAGAACAGUCACACCUGUGGGACCACAGCCAAAUCAGUCUCAUUGUCUCCAACUGGUAAGUUUGAAACCAGCUGGAUAAACAGGAGAAGGCAGAUGUAACUCUUCAAGGCAAAAAGCAAUAGAUCUUAUCAUCUAAUUCAGCUUCUUGGGAAAUCAAGUACAAAAAGAAGACAUCAGUUGCUGUAGUCAAGCUACAGCACAAUGCCUUGUUGCUAUUGCACAUUGCUGCAUUGUUGCAAAGCAUCUCAGUGUGAUGUGUCUUCCCACAGCAUUCUAUAGCAGGAUGCAUCAGACUUGCAAUAGGUGCAUCUAAAUAGGAAGCCAGGAUCAUCUCUGUCCAUGCUACACCACAUCGCUGCUAACUCCUGCAGCUUUGAUUGCUCUCACUUUGUAAUCUUCUGACAGUGUCUUUUCUUCAUUUGGAUCUAAAAUCAAAUGAUCUGCUGCUCUUCACUGU